GUGAACAGAAAAAGGGACCCUACCUGCUUUUAUCCUCCCCCCCAUUGUCCCUUUUUCUCCCCCCUUUUUUCUUCUUUUUUAUAUAAUUCACAAUCUCUGCUUCUCCAUUUUUACAUCUUUCUUUUUUAUUUUUACAGUUCAUCCUCUCUCAUUUGACCCUGUUUUCAUCUUUUUUACUCGCCGCCUUUAAUCCCCCAAACCCUAGCUCUCCUCUAUAUAUACCCCCCCUUCAACACAUAUAUAUUCAUACAUAUAUAUGUGUUAUGGUUUAUUGCUCGGUGAUUGCUAGCAAGAGAUUCAAAUAUUGAAUCUUUGAUCAAUUUAUGUAAGAUCUGGUGGAAAUCAGAGGAAUUAUCAAAUUAUUCGUUGCGGUUUUGAAAUUUGUUACGAAUUUUGGUAAAGUUCUCUGCUUUCCGUUAAUUUGUUGAGUUUAUAUGAAAGAAAUGUCGCUGUUGCCGAAAAACAAUGAUUUGAUUGAAAUUCGUGAGGUGUGGAAUGAUAAUUUAGAGGAGGAGUUUGCUUUGAUUCGUGAUGUUGUUGAUGAGUUUCCGUAUAUUGCAAUGGAUACCGAAUUCCCUGGAAUUGUUCUUCGUCCCGUUGGUAAUUUUAAGAAUAGUAACGAUUAUCAUUACCAGACUUUAAAGGAUAACGUGGAUAUGUUGAAAGUUAUUCAGUUAGGGCUCACGUUCUCCGAUGAGGAGGGAAAUCUCCCGAAAUGUGGUAGCGAUAAGUAUUAUGUGUGGCAGUUCAAUUUUCGUGACUUCAAUGUUAAUGAGGAUGUUUUUGCCCAUGAUUCGAUUGAGUUGUUGCGCCAGAGUGGGAUUGAUUUCAAGAAGAACAAUGAAAAGGGUAUAGAUGCAAAAAGAUUUGGCGAGCUUUUGAUGUCUUCCGGGAUUGUUUUGAAUGAUAAUGUUUGUUGGGUUACAUUUCACAGUGGUUAUGAUUUUGGCUAUUUGCUUAAGAUCUUGACUUGCCAGAAUUUGCCUGAUACUCAAGCUGGAUUCUUCUCGCUGAUUAAUAUGUACUUCCCCACGAUUUAUGAUAUUAAGCAUUUGAUGAAGUUCUGCAACAGUUUACACGGUGGAUUGAAUAAGCUUGCCGAACUGUUGGAAGUAGAGAGAGUUGGUAUUUCUCACCAGGCGGGUUCAGAUAGUUUGCUCACGUCUUGCACAUUCAGGAAGUUGAAGGAGAACUUUUUUAGUGGGUCAUUGGAGAAAUACGCUGGUGUGUUGUAUGGUCUAGGUGUUGAGAAUUGACAAAAGAUCAGAAAAAUUGAAGUAUAUGAAAAAAAGUAUAGUUGUUUGUUGAGUUACAUGUGUGUCCAUGAUGGCAUUACAUUUUGUGUACACUUGUUGAAAAAAGUAAUGUUUAAUUUAUAAUUUUUCUCUCGCUA